UCCGCAUGACUGCCUGCCCGGCUCACGUCUGCUAAGGGAGGUUAGUCAGAAGAGUUCAAAGAUCUCUUAUUCUGGGCAGCCCGGCGAUUCUGAACCCUCGCAUCCACAUCUUCGCCGCCCACAUUGCCUCCGCCAGUCAUCAUGUCGUUUUCAGAACAUUUGUCAAGAGCGAACCGCCAGAUCAAAUACAUCCUCAUAUCGAACACAUUCCGGGUUUCAACAUGGCUUGCUCUCGGCAGUAUCUUGCAGCUAUUGAGCUUACUCUCUCUGCCUCGCAAGUUGAGCAUCCUCGCUCCAAUACUGCUCGUCUUCCACCGCAUCGCCAAGGCGAUAAGCAAUUCACGUCACAUUUACACGUCCGUCUUCUCGGAUGUGAGGCGCGGACGCUGGACAACCUGGCUUCCCCCAUCAAAGUCUGACGAGGAUGAGUCUGGGGUGGUCAUGUUCGUGCUAGGAGCGCGCGUGAAUCACCCACAAGGCCGGAGGGCGGCAAACGCACUAGAGCUUGGUAAACUCUACAACGCUAUGUGGGAGGAAGCGGAAGCCAAUCGCUUCCGAUGGGGCUACCUUGGAAGAACCCAGAUGCUGACAAGCUGUGGGGACGAAGAGGGCUUCACCUUUGUUUGGUUGACUUAUUGGCGAGAUAUCAAGGGGCUCCACGAGUUCGCAAAAUGCACUGCACAUCGUGCAGGGCAAAAAGCGUAUGUCGAUGACAAGAAGUUUCCGUACAUGGGAAUUAUGCACGAACUUUACUUCGCUCGUAAGGGCUCCACGGAGACCUUGUACCACAACUUCCCUCCAUUUGGAAUGGGGCAAACAAAACUCAUUGUUGAUGAGGGUGCCGGGCCGAUUUUGAAGGAUCCCCUAGUCCCGGACCAACAGGGUGGGAGUACCAUGUAUGAGCGGAUGCGUGGGACGUCGUGAGUUCAAGCUUGGGGGUCGGAGAAACAAGUAUGGAUAAGUGAAGCGAGCCAUGCUGUACAAAUUUCACCCUAGGAGGGACAUAUUAUUGAAACAUUGUUCAUGAGUUUCCCG